AUGAGACCUGCUGUGAUGUUAUUGAAACAUGUCCCCUUAAUUAAGUUUGUUGGAGGACCUCACCUUGCUCCUGCUGGCAUUUCUCAUAGUGUCAAGGCUCAUCCUUGUGCUCCAGAAGGAUUAGUUCCCGCUGCUGCUUCUGCUGCAUCCGCUAUUGUAUCUAGCAUCUUUAAGGGAUCGUUGGAGCCAAAGGACGGUGAAUACUUCUCCAGAUCUGAAUUACCAGCCAGAUUCAGGUACACACCUCCAACUGAGCUUGAGAUGGAAGAUAUCAUCUCUGGAGGUGCCGAGGUUGUGUUUUAG